CAAGAGGAGAUCAGAAAGAACCACCUCGCUUCUCGUCUCUUCACCUCAUGAUAAAGACGCAAAACACCUUGACGCCUCCGUGACUGCAUUCAGAGAACUGGACAGGAUCUGUUUGUCAGCUGAAAUCUAGACCUGAGUAUUCACUGUAGUGGCUUUUACGUGCUUGUACUAGGGAAUUUUUCGACAACUGUUGCUCUUAAGACGGAUUCUACAGGUGUUUGUGUGUGUUUCACUCCUAAAGGAUCGUCUUAUCUGCUUCAGGAAUCUACAACGGGUGCACGUGGUAUCUGAAACUUUAGGAUUCCCCAGGGGCUUAUAUUAGGUCCAUUAAAGUUCCUGGAUAGAUGCAUAUAAGGAUGACUACCAUGCAGAAGUUGCUCCAGCUCCCGGUUAACGCUGUGAACAUUGUGAAGAGUGUGCAGGGGAGUGUUCAGGGCCAGGAGGAAGCUCUCAGUCCGGUGCUGAGUCCAGACAACAGCCCGCAAAACUGGUACAACGCUGUCCAGCCUGAAGAACUCCGACAUCUGAGAUCAGGAGGAGGAACAGGGGAGUGGACUGAGGAACGAUCCACAUUAGAGGAGGGGCUUACCAGUGUUCAGGCACAACCCCUACGACAUGAUGACCUGAAGGAGAUGCUGGACAGUAACAAAGACUCGCUGAAGCUGGAGGCCAUGAAACGGAUAGUAGCAAUGAUUGCCAGAGGAAAAAACGCAUCCGAUCUCUUCCCUGCGGUGGUGAAGAACGUUGUCUCUAAGAACAUCGAGGUGAAGAAGUUGGUGUAUGUUUAUCUUGUGCGGUACGCUGAAGAACAGCAGGAUCUUGCUUUGUUGUCCAUCUCAACUUUCCAAAGAGGAUUGAAGGAUCCAAACCAGUUGAUCCGUGCGAGUGCCCUGCGUGUUCUUUCCAGCAUCAGAGUGACCAUUAUUGUACCCAUCAUGAUGUUAGCUAUCAAAGAAGCAGCGUCUGACAUGUCUCCAUACGUCCGCAAGACCGCAGCUCAUGCCAUUCCCAAACUCCACAGUCUGGACCCAGAACAAAAAGAUCAGUUAAUCGAAGUUAUAGAGAAGCUAUUGGCGGAUAAAACCACGCUGGUAGCAGGCAGUGUGGUGAUGGCGUUUGAGGAGGUAUGUCCGGACCGCAUUGAUCUGAUCCAUAAGAACUAUCGUAAGUUGUGUAACCUGCUGAUCGAUGUGGAGGAAUGGGGACAGGUGGUCAUCAUUAACAUGCUAACACGCUACGCCAGAACACAGUUUCUCAACCCCAACAUUAACGAGUCUCUGUUAGAGGAGAGUGGUGAGAAGUCGUUCUAUGCAUCUGAUGAUGAGGAGGAUGAAGAUAAGAAGGUUGAGGCAUCUGUUUUAGCUAAGAGGAAGCCGUAUGUGAUGGACCCUGAUCACAGACUCCUGCUGAGAAAUACCAAACCACUGCUGCAGAGUCGCAAUGCUGCUGUGGUGAUGGCAGUAGCUCAGCUUUACUUUCAUUUGGCUCCUAAGGCAGAGGUGGGCGUUAUUGCUAAGGCUUUGGUCAGGUUAAUGCGCAGCCACAGUGAAGUGCAGUAUGUCGUGCUUCAAAAUGUUGCCACGAUGAGCAUCAAGAGACGAGGAAUGUUUGAGCCGUAUCUGAAGAGUUUUUAUAUCCGUUCCACAGACCCCACACAGAUCAAAAUACUGAAGCUGGAAGUUUUGACUAAUUUGGCUAAUGAGACGAACAUCUCCACCAUCCUGAGAGAAUUUCAGACGUAUAUUAAGAGUAUGGAUAAGGACUUUGUAGCGGCCAGCAUUCAGGCCAUUGGUCGCUGUGCCACAAACAUCGGUGAGGUCAGAGACACCUGUCUGAAUGGUCUUGUACAGCUGCUUUCCAACAGAGAUGAAUUAGUUGUAGCUGAAUCGGUGGUUGUGAUCAAGAAACUUCUGCAGAUGCAGCCUGAGCAGCACAGUGACAUCAUCAAACACAUGGCCAAACUCAUCGACAACAUCCAGGUACCGAUGGCCCGAGCGAGCAUUCUGUGGUUGAUCGGAGAGUACUGUGAACAUGUUCCCAAAAUUGCCCCGGAUGUGCUUAGAAAGAUGGCCAAAACCUUCAACAAUGAGGAGGACAUCGUCAAAUUGCAGAUUAUCAACCUGGCUGCCAAACUGUACCUGACGAACUCCAAACAGAGUAAACUCUUAACACAGUACGUACUGAACCUGGCAAAAUAUGACCAAAACUAUGACAUCAGAGAUCGUGCCCGGUUUAUUCGCCAGCUCAUUGUGCCCACCGAUAAGAGUGGCGCUCUCAACAAAUAUGCCAAGAAGCUUUUCCUUGCCCUCAAGCCUGCCCCCGUCCUCGAGUCUCCAUUUAAAGACAGAGAUCAUUUCCAGCUGGGGUCACUGUCUCAUCUGCUGAACGCUAAAGCCGCCGGAUACCAGGAGCUGCCCGACUGGCCCGAAUCGAUGCCUGACCCAUCCGUGCGCAACGUGGAGAUUCCAGAUUGGAGCAAAUGUACAAGCCGGAAAGAUCGAAAAGAAAAGAAAGUCGAGAAACCGUUCUACUCUGAUUCAGAGGGAGAAUCUGGGCCAACCGAAUCUGCUGACAGUGACUCGAACUCGGGCAGCGGGUCGGAAAGUGGUAGCGGCAGUGAAGAAAGCGGUACCGGGUCAGAGAGUGAAGCGAGUGGAGAAGAGACUGAGUCAGAGGAGGAAGAGGACGAUGAGGAGGAGGAAGAGAAGAAAAAAAAGAAGCGAGUUGAAAAGGCCAAACCUAAGAAACCAGUGGAGGAGAGUGCGGAGAGUGAUCAGAGCAGUGGCACGGAGGACAUAAAACGGGUCAGGAAGGCAAUAAAGGACCGGAAGAGUGCCUCGGAGUCUGAGAACGAAUCAGAGAGCAGCGAAUCAGAGGACGUGUCAGAGGAUACAUCAGAGGAGGAGUCAGAGUCUGACUCCGACAUCAGGAAGAAAAAGAUGCCCGCAUCAAAACAGCCUUCCAAACAACCUAAAAAAGAGAGUAAAAAGGAGACGCAGGAAAUGUCUUUGCUGGAUUUGGAUGACUUUAACCCAGGCCCAACAUCUGCUCCGGUGACUCCAGUUAACUUUCUGUCCAAUAGUCUGGUGUCCGAUCUGGAGGGCUUGUCACUGACGGACACUAUUCUGGCACCUACGACCAUGGCUCCAUCUGGUGUGGUGAAGAUGUAUGAACUCCUGCAUCGUAUAACAGGCGAGGGUCUUGCGGUCGAGUACUGUUUCAGUAGGCAGCCCUUCAGUCCAGACCCUAAUAUGGUGGCCGUCCAGAUCCAAUUUACCAACAACACCAACUCAGAGACCAAGAAUCUCCACAUCGAGGAGCCAAGGCUGCAUUCUGGCAUUAGGAUCCAAGAGUUCCCUGAGAUCGAGAUUUUACCAGCAGGUGAAUCAGUUACCGUGGUGAUGGGAAUAGAUUUUUGUGAUUCCACACAAGCAGCAAACUUCCAACUCUGUACUCACACCCGUAAAUUCUUCGUUUCAAUCCAGCCACCUGUCGGGGAGUUAAUGAUGCCAGCGUUUCUCACAGAAAAUGACUUUAAGAAGGAGCAAGGUAAACUGAUGGGGAUGAAUGAAAUCUCAGAGAAGUUGACCCUUGGAGAGAAAUGUGUGAAUGAACACAUCAUCGUUGAGAGAGUCACGGCCACUGCGAACUUGAGCAGAGUGCCAUGCGGUUCUGAUAAAGAGUGCAGAUUUGCAGGUAAAACCGUCAGCAGCGGUAGUCUUGUGCUUGUCACCGUAGCUAAUAAGGAAGGGGGUGGAGCUCAGUUGACCGUGAACUGUGAGAAGAUGGUGAUUGGCACGAUGCUUGUUAAAGAUAUCCUGCAGGCACUGUCGCAGUGACGUCGCCCCCUAAAAUCAACACUCAUGUACUGCUGCUUACCACAUUUAUUUGCAGCUGUGUGUAGAUAUCUCCCCUAUGUAUGGACCAGAUUGUAGCAUCACAAAUCUUAAUCAGUAAUGAAAGAAAUCACAGAAGGUAUAUCAGAACAGCUGCAGCCGCAUCAACCGAAAUAUUAAGGGCCCCAUUUCUGUUUAUUAAAUGUUGCAUGUGUAUCAAACACAGCUGAUCUCCUGUUAGUAUGAUCAGAGGUAUCUUUUAGUCAGGAUAGAUAUUAGUCACAUUACGGCUCAUAAAAAAAUCCUUUGGCCGAAUUAUUGUGCAAACCUUUAUAAAACCACAGUCAGUUUAAACGGGAGCUCUGAAAUCGUGUUUUAGUCAUUUAUAUAUAUAUAUAUUUACAGUGGCCUCCAAAAUUAAAAAUGGAUUAGUAUAAUUGCAUUCAAUAAGUGGCAUUUAUUUUGGUGAAAAGCUCCACACAACAGUAUGAAUUUACUGCCAGAGAUUAUUUGAAUUCUGACUGCCAUCCCAUGUUGUAGCAACCUCACCUACUCUUGUACUAUUUUUUACAAAUAUAUAACAACUGUAUUUUAGCACUUUGGGCUGGUGUAAGCGUUCCUGCUCUGAAAACUCUUCUCUCAUAGAUGUUUUUCAGUGUCUGGAUGAUCUUCAAUAUACUCAGUGAUGCUGUAAGGCACUCAUUUGCAAUUUUUGUCAUUCCUUUUUUUCCCUGCCCCAAUGAUAUUUUAAUAUAAUGUGGAGCAGCUAUUCCUGGUUAAAGCAUUGCUAGUAGUUAGUUUUAGAUUUUUUAUUUAUUUAUUUAUUUUUAAAUAACUUUAUUUUAUGUCAGAGGAAAAGUUUAUUCGAUGCUGUGCUUGUUGGCAUAAAAUUGAUCUUCCUUAACUAGGUUAAAACUCCUGACUCAUUUCUGUGUGACUGUGAGAAUAUCAUGUGUUGUUUGAAUAUUAUAUCUCUAUUUAUUAUAAAGAGUUUUAAAUGUCAAUAAAGGAGAA